AUGUUACAGUUCGAGCAGCAGCGUGCACAGCGAGCGGCAGCAAAGGAGCAAUUGCGUGAAUACGCAUUGCACGCAAUCAAGUGCGUUCCCCGCUGGGAGUCUGUGAUCAAGGGGCUGAUGUACCCCAUUGGCAUCGCUGUGGCCGGGAACUGUGUUGACGUGUAUGGUUUCGUCCUUGGACACAAGACGUUCGCUGGUGGCCAGAAGAUGCCAGUCAUCAACACCAUCACCCUAACAUCCACCACGCUGUCCAAGUUCUCCCGUGUGCUGGAUGUGCUCUUGUCUGAGCCCCUGCUGGCCUACUACGACUCGCUCUACGCCAGAUGCUUUGGAGCCCCUGCCACCACCUCUCCGCCACCGCUGCCAUCUCCCCAGUGCGAUAUCCCACCUGCUCUUGUUGAGCGCAUUCGCUUGAGCGGCGAUUGCCCCGAGGAACCACAGCAGCCACAGCACCAGCAGCACCAGCAGCACCAGCAGCACCAGCAGCAGCAGCAGCCACAGCACCAUCAGCAGCAGAAAGACGAGGUCGUCUUGGCCAACAUGCGCGUGUUCUUCGAGUUUGAAGAACUAGCGGCAGAUGUGACGAUUAUUGACGACACUGUGGUGAAGCGUGUGCCUGACGACCACAACAUCGACCAUAUUCUUCACAUGUGGCGCAUCCUGCACCCACGUCACCCGAUUCGCGUCAUCAACAGCAACACCAUCGUCAUGCCCUUCCUCGGCAGCGGCAAGUUCACCACGCCAGAGCAGCUGUUGUGUGUGGCAGAGCAGCUCCUGCGGUUGUGUUUCCACUCACUUCCCCACGCCGAUGUCAGGAAGGAGAAUAUAGCAGUGAGGAACGCUGAAGUCGCGUUCCUCAUUGACCUUGAGGAUUUUGGUGAGUACACGCCGGACGGCUUCAACUGUUGUCUGCUGGAACGGCAUCCUGACUUGUUUUGUCGCUCGGGCAGGGACCGGCUGCCGUUCAAAAGCAUCCACGACUUUUACUCACUGGCCAUGGCAUGGGCUCGCCCCGACUUUGGCGAGAGAUUUGAUGUCCUGAGCACGUGUGAUCGGUUUGAGGAUGCGUGCCGGCGACUUGUUGAGUGGCUGCAGCAGAAGAAGCGUGACAUGGCGCAUGAGGGCAGUGGGAACGCUGAUGACGGUGACCACGGACAUGAUGAUGAGGAGGAGGAGGAGGAGGAGCAGGAGGAGCAGGAGGGGGAGCAGGAAGGCCGUGAGGUGGGCGUGAAGAAGAAGCUGAAGAUCCUCAACAAGCUCAUCGAAGGAAUGCAGAACGCUACCAUCCUUUGACCUGUGUUGGUGCAGCCACUCUUGCCUUCUUUGAUGGUGGUGGCGGUGACAGGGGAUGAUGAUGACGGUAGUGGUGGUUGAGGUGGUGGUUGAGGUGGUGAAAUUGCUGUGUCUGGUGUUUUGUCUGCUGUUGCUUUUGCUAAUUUGCUUGUUGUGGUGGGCCAGGCCUCCUUGUGAUACUUGUUGUGCGUGCUAUGAUGGUGUGACUUCCAUGAAGCUAAAUAUGGUAUGCGUCUAUCCCGUGCAUAAAAGAGUGGCGUGA